AUUGCAGAAUAUGUUCUCCUCCUCCAGCCACACUUUGUCACCAACUGCUGCCGAUCUCGCCACCACUGCUUUGUUUCUGAGUACAGACGGUUUUGCUAUGUUGGCCAGGCUGGCCUCGACCACCUGGGCUUAAGCAAUCCUUCCGCCUCGGCCCUGGGACUACAGAAGUGCACCAACCUGCCCACGAUUUUUUUUUUUUUUUUAAAUUAGAAGCCGGGUUUCACUACGUUGGCCAGGCUGGCCUCAACCUCCUGGGCUCAAGGGAUCCACCCACCUUGGCCUCAGGACUACAGGUCAGACUGCUCCUGGUGCCAUGAACAGAGACGACACCUUUGCAAAGAGACCCAGGGAUGAUGAUAAAGCAUCAGAGAAGAGAAGCAAGGCCUUCGGUGAUAUUGCCAAAUACUUCUCUAAGGAAGAGUGGGAAAAGAUGAAAUACUCGGAGAAAAUCAGCUGUGUGCAUGUGAAGAGAAAGUAUGAGGCCAUGACUAAACUAGGUUUCAACGUCACCCUCCCACCUUUCAUGCGUAAUGAACGGGCCACAGACUCUCAGAGGAAUGAUUCUGAUAAUGACCAUAACCGUGGGAAUGAGGUUGAACAUCCUCAGAUGACUUUUGGCAGGCUCCAGAGAACCAUCCCGAAGAUCAUGCCCGAGAAGCCAGCAGAGGAAGGAAAUGACUUGAAGGGAGUGCCAGAAGCAUCUGGCUCACAGAACGAUGGGAAACAGCUGUGCCCCCCGGGAAAAGCAAGUAGCUCUGAGAAGAUUCACGAGAGAUCUGGAUCCAAAAGGAGGAAACAUGCCUGGACCCACAGACUGCGUGAGAGAAAGCAGCUGGUGAUUUAUGAAGAGAUCAGCGACCCUGAGGAAGAUGACGAGUAACUCCCUUCGGGGAUAUGACACAUGCCCAUGAUGAGAAGCAGAACGUGGUGACCUUUCACGAACAUGGGCAUGGCUGCGGACCCCUCGUCAUCAGGUGUAUAGCAAGCGAAAGCAAGUGUUCACAACAGUGAAAAGUUGAGCGUCAUUUUUCUUAGUGUGCCAAGAGUUCGGUGUUAGCGUUUACGUUGUAUUUUUUUACACUGUGUCAUUCUGUUAGAUAUUAUCCUUUUCAUUGAUGAGCAAGACAUACUUAACGCAUAUUUCGGUUUGUGUAUCCAUGCAUCUACUUAAAAAACAAGUAUAGUCAGGUAUUCUCUGCAUAGAACAGCACUACCCUCCUGUCUCCCCAGAUGUGACGACUGAGGGCAGUUCUGAGUGUUUAAUAUCAGAUUUUUUCCUCUCCAUUUACACACCACACAUGCGUGCACACACACACACACACACACUCACACCAAGUACCACUAUAAGCAUCUCCCAUCUGCUUUUCCCCAUUGCCAUGCGUCCUGGUCAAGCCCCCCCCGACUCCGUUUCCUGUUCAGCAAGUACUCCUCUCAUCCGAUUCCCCUGUAUCAGUUACUGACAUUUAAUAAACCUUUGCAAACAUUC